AUGCUGCUCUGGAACUCAGAGGCAGUCACUAUCGAGAUAAUUGGCUCCACCGAACAAGAGAUACAUGCAGUGGUGAAGGUACCAAACUCUAAUUCCUCUUGGCUGCUCUCCGCCAUAUAUUCUAACCUUAGACCGUGUGAAAGACUAAUUUUAUGGGAUAAUCUUAAAAAUGUCUACGAUGGUUGCGCUCUCCCUUGGCUUGCCAUGGGUGAUUUCAAUGAAAUUCUCUCUGAAUCUGAAAAUUUUGGUGGUGGGCUAGUCAAUUUUAAUCGCUCUCUUAAAUUUUCUGACAUGCUUAAUUCCUGCCAUCUAUCUGAUUUGGGUUUCUCGGGCCCCCGGUUCACUUGGACCAAUCUCAGGGAUGCUGGUGGCCUCGUCCAGGAACGUCUGGACAGAGCUGUAGCUAACCCAUCCUGGAGACUGACCUUUCCAAAUGCCGAGGUUGCCCACCUUCCCAGAGUCCACUCGGACCAUUGCCCCAUUUUACGAACCUUUAAUCCUGUAACUCAAACCCCGUUUACCUCGCCCCUUCCGGUUUGA